GAGCCGCGCGGGUCGGAGUCCUCGGUCAACCGCGGCCCUCCUCCCUCUCAGCGUCCAUCUGUCCGGAGGGCAGCCGGUGGACAUGACCGAUCCACCAGGGGCGCCGCCGCCGGCGCUCGCAGGCCGCGGGUGAAGAAGAAACCACGUCCCCGCUCGACCCGGAGGGUGAAGCAGACCGAGGGGGUGACCAGGGGCGAGGAAGUGACCCGGGCGGAGGAGGUGGCCCAGGCCGAGGAGGUGACCUCGACCCAGGAAAUGGCGGCCGCCGGGCUUAGUGUAACCGUCACCCAUGGCAUUGAAAAACACGACCUUCAUGUUACCGCUCAGCAGGGCAGAACUGAACCAAUUGUCCAAGACCUUGCCCAGGCUGUUGAAGAGGCCACAGGAGUUCCAUUGCCUUUUCAAAAGCUCAUAUUUAAGGGAAAAUCUCUGAAGGAAAUGGAGAUGCCAUUAUCAGCACUUGGAAUACAGAAUGGUUGCCGAGUCAUGUUAAUUGGGGAAAAGAGCAGUCCAGAGGAAGAAGUUGAAUUAAAGAAGUUGAAAAAUUUGGAGAAGUCUGUGGAGAAGAUCGCUGACCACCUGGAAGAGUUGAAUAAAGAACUUGCUGGAAUCCAGCAGGGUUUUCUGGCCAAGGAUUUGCAAGCUGAAGCUCUCUGCAAACUUGAUAGGAGAAUAAAAGCCACAAUUGAGCAGUUUAUGAAGAUCUUAGAGGAGAUUGACACAAUGAUCCUACCAGAAAAUUUCAAAGACAGUAGGCUAAAAAGGAAGGGCUUGGUGAAAAAAGUUCAGGCAUUCUUAGCUGAGUGUGAUACAGUGGAGGAGAACAUCUGCCAAGAGACCGAGCGGCUGCAGUCUACAAACUUGGCCCUUGCUGAGUAAGGUACAGUGGAGAGAGGCUCUGCUGCCCUGAAGAGCAACACCACCACUCUGCCUUUUUUGGAAUAGAAGCUGUCUGUGUCUCCAAAGCUGCCAGAGGCAACCAGCCAAAUGUCAAUUUUCCUAUUCCUACACCGGUUCUCAAUGAAAAAGUACUGUCUCUGCAACC